AUGACUUCAAACCGCACCGGAAGGUACACUUUACCAUCAUCAAGAACUGUUCAGCUGCAGAGCCCAUUCUCGUUCUCUGCUUCUGGCUCUCGAUCUACGAAAUUGGGCAAAGCACUGCAUACACUCAUAAACACUGUCCGAACCGAGGACAUCACCAAUCACUCCUUGAGGACUCACGACGCGCUUGAGAGUGACGACGGUGAAUACGAGGAGAGGGGAGUUCUCAAUAGCCUCAAAGAGCUCACGUACUGGGCGUUGCUUAAAAAAGGCAUGAACCACAAGAAACUCGGGUUGCAGGGUUUGAACGAAAAAGCGUACUUGCACAAGAACUACCAGGAGUACAUCGACUUCUCUGUCUUUUGGAGGAAACACAACUAA